AUGUCUCUAAAACUAAGCUAUCUGCGGCGCCCCGCACUACACUUCGGCACGAUCACUUCAUGCAUCUCCCCAGCUCGAACAUGUCGUGCCCAAUAUAGCUCCCACUCCCCAAUGGGAUCAACGACAACCACACGCAAGAAAGUAACCAUCCAAACCCUGCGCAACCUCUACAAAAAGAACGAACCCAUCACAGUCCUCACAGCAUCCGACUUUCCCAGCGGCCAUGUCGCCGACACAGCCGGUAUGGAAAUCGUCCUUGUUGGCGAUAGUCUUGCGAUGGUUGCUAUGGGUAUGGAAGAUACAAAUGAAGUCACAAUGGAUGAGAUGCUUCUACACUGCCGCAGUGUAAAUCGAGCUGUUAAGAGUGCCUUCACAAUCGCCGACCUCCCAAUGGGCUCCUACGAAACCAACCCCGAAAAGGCCCUGACAUCCGCAAUCCGCAUGGUGAAAGAAGGCGGCAUGCAAGGCAUAAAACUAGAAGGCGGCGCAGAAAUGGCACCAACAAUCCAAAAGAUUACAUCCGCGGGCAUCCCAGUAAUGGCACACAUAGGCUUAACCCCGCAACGACAACACAGUCUCGGUGGAUUCCGCGUGCAAGGCAAAUCCGUCACAGGCGCCGUGAAACUGCUGACUGACGCGCUGGCCGUACAGAAGGCUGGCGCGUUUAUGAUCAUAAUCGAGGCGGUGCCGGCUGAGAUUGCGGCGAUUGUGACGCGGCGGUUGAGUGUUCCUACCAUUGGGAUUGGGUCUGGGAAUGGAUGUUCUGGGCAGGUUCUUGUUCAGGUUGAUAUGCUUGGGAAUUUCCCCGAGGGGAGGUUUUUGCCUAAGUUUGUUAAGACUUAUGGCGAUGUUUGGGGUGAGGCGAGGAGGGGGAUUGAGGCUUAUCGGGGGGAGGUCAAGAGUAGGGCUUUUCCUUCGAGGGAGUUUACUUAUGGGGUUGAUUCGGAGGCAUUGGCUGAGUUUGAGAGGAUUGUGGAGGGAAUGCCGGCUGAGAAGGAGGAGUGA